UAGUGGCAGGGCCAAAAAUCAUAUCUAAACCACAGAAAUCCCCCUCUACUGGCCACUCAGCACUUUACAUGCAUUGCCUCAUUUACGAUCAUUAGCCAUUUUAAAGCUGAGAAACCAAGGCUAGAAGUAACAGAGUGAAUACAGCCCAGAUCUACCUGUGGGCCCUGGGAAGCUGUGCUCAGAGCCUGCAAUUGGUGAGGUCGGCUCAUGAGGUCACAAUGUGGCCAAGACUCAGGGGGCAGAGCAGACAGAGUGUGGGCCACGGUCCCCAGUGGUGACGAGCCCCACCAUGGGAAACAAUGGAUCGCACAAAAGGACCAAAGCACCCAAGCAGGCCCGCAAGGAGAGGCCAAGUGACAUGGACAAGGCCUGGUGGAGACAGUGCCUCAGCCACCUGACUCGGAAGAAGCCAGCUACCAGGAUCGUGCUGCUUCUCCCCUUAGACAAGCGGCAGCCGCUGGCCGAGGCUGGGCGACCGGGUGACGACGAAUCAGGCAGUGGGCUAGGCUCCCCGGCGGCGCCCAGGCUGCGCGGAGCGGGAGAAGGCGGCGAGGGCGAGCUGAAGAUGCCGGUGCUGCUGCUGUUACGGCGGGAGGCGCGGCGGCCGGAAGAGGGCGUGGCCGGUGCGUUGGGCGCGGGCGGGGCCGGGGCCCGGGGCGGGGCCGCGCUGAGCUGGCCGCGGCUGCACCCGUGCCUGCGGUCCCCGGGCAAAGCGCCCGGCAAGGCCGGCCCCGCCCAAGAGGAGCCGCACAAACGGCACCGCUGCCGUCGCUCACGGCUCUAAGCCCCUGACCCUCCAAUAAAGAGCUUGUGGCAACCCUGGCGCCUGUGAACCCUGUUGGAGGCGUCCGGGCGCAGAGUCGGGUUGGGCAAAGCGGAGGCUGGAAGCCGCACCGGGGUGAACGAGGCGAGGCGUAUUG